GUCCGUGGACGCUUGUAUCUUGUCAGACUGUCAACCUCCCGUGAGAGACUAAGCUGUGCUUGUAUGUCCUGGACGCGUAGCUUGCUUCAACGAACCGCAGCUCCCUCUCUAUCAGCUUCAAGACUACAUUGUACACAUCCUACUUUACAAUAUUCUGCUCGUGCACGCUCAGGCAUGAGACCGCUUUCAAGCACACGCACAGUGGCUGCUGCGGCUGCGACGCUCUUCUCCUGCACAGUAGGUGCGUCUGCUGUGCCCAAAAGACGGGCACGCCCGACUCAAACUGGGCCAAGCACUAAAGUCGGUUCGGAACCAGCAAGUACCUCUGCAGAGGGUGCUAAUACCAUUGGAGCUGGUGAAGACGCAUUCUUCCUGUGCAAGCAGCAAAACAAGCUGUGGCUUGGAGUUAUGGAUGGUGUUGGCGGCUGGCAGGAUAUGGGUGUUGAUCCAAGCGUCUUUUCACGCGGCCUUGCUGAACAUGCCCUUGAAGCUUGUAAGACUUCGACCAAUAAGACGGAAUCUCCCGCGACUAUUUUGCAAACAGCAUACAGUGCCGUGCAAAAGGACGCUAGGAUCAAGCUUGGCUCUGCAACUGCGCUCAUUGCCAGCAUUGACACUGCGACUGCUGAAUUUGCCGUUGCGAAUCUCGGAGAUUCAGGGUAUUUCAUUGCUCGAGCAGGCCAGGUUCUGUAUGCAUCAAAGCCACAGACGUAUUUCUUCAAUGCACCCUAUCAGCUAGCCAAGAUGCCAGACUCCAUGCGUCGGCCUGGUCAGCUGGAGAACAAGCCUGCGGAUGCCGAUCUGCAGACAUUUCAGCUUCAAUCGGGCGACACGGUCGUCCUGGCUACAGAUGGAUUCUUUGACAACAUUUUUCUCGAGGAUGCUUUAGAGUACAUGAAGAAAAGUCAGCAAGAUGCUGCGAAACAAGCAGCUGCCUUGGUCAAGCAAGCACAAAUGGCCGGCGUCUCGAGAACCAAGAAUGGUCCUUUCAGUGUUGAGGCUCGGCAAAAUCGCAUGCGAUAUGAUGGCGGCAAGGAGGACGACAUCGCUGUCAUUGUACUGCGGGUCGGCGAACAGGGUACAGGUGAGAAGGACAGCUGGCUGGGUGCCAUCAAGGCAAAAUUGUAAAGCAACAAGCGUUUAAUCAUUCAUCAUGCAUGGCCGCACCUCGAAGUCGUGCUCGCCAUUCUAAAAGGGCUUCAGUGGUCAUGCGGAUUGUCUGCAGACCGUGAGUCGGCCAGUCACCGAAUGACAGGAACCAAAGUGCAGUCAAGUCGCGGCUCACAUUGAUCAGGCUUCCCAGGAAACUUCUGAGUUUGCUGACCGUAUCGCGUAUCCGUCCGUCUAUCAUAGGCGUCACUGAUUUCUCCUUCUUUAAAUAGUCGAUAAAGACAUUCUCGAGCAGCUCUUUUGGCUUCAGACCUGUUUGUUCGGGCCACCAAAAGUCGCCGCCACUGGUCAUGAAGUCAAGUGUGACAAUGGUAUAGUUUGCAGUCCUGUCAAUCUCUUC